GAUUUGCCACAGAUUACCCUUUUGCCAUGGCUCAUCCGGUUCGGUACAAAAGCGGUGAGAAGCGAAUUGUAGGUAUCAUUGGAGAUGAGGACACCGUUACCGGAUUUCUUCUCGCUGGAAUUGGGGAUAACCGCGUCGCAAUGGCUCAUAAAAAUCACCGAACCCGUGAAAGUGAUUUGAUGCCGAAUUAUUUAGUUGUUGGUCCAUCAACUCCCCUAUCGGACAUUGAGUCGGCAUUUACAUCCAUGUGCUCACGGGGUGACAUUGGCAUUAUAAUUAUUACUCAGAAUAUCGCUAAUGACAUUCGGCAUCUGAUUCAACAACACACCGCUGUUAUUCCUAGCAUCCUGGAGAUUCCAAGCAAAGACCAAAAAUACGAUCCUGAAAAGGAUUUUAUUCUAGAGAAAAUCAACCGAGCGCUUGGGAUUCGAUAGUCUUGUUGUCAAUUGAAUUUUCCUCAAAUAAUAGUAUUUUCAGAUUUUUGAAAGUAGACUAGUAUUGGCAAGCGACUACGUUGUCGUAUUUCUCUUACUCGAAGCAA